CCCCCACCACAAGGAUCUUUUUGCAGAAGAAGAAAAAGUGGUGAAGGAGGCCCCCGGUCAGCAGCAUCAGCAUCAACAGCAGCUCAGAAGAAGCCGCCCCACACGCCAUGUCUCCCAAGAAUUGGAGCGAGGGUUGUUCUUGAUGACGGUGAUGGCGAAUUGUGUUUGAAUUUUACCCAACAAGGGGAAACGAAUGGAGUCCCAGGGCAACGCCAACCAGAGCAGCAGCACUUCGGGCUCCUCCGACCACCACAAGCACGACCCCGCCGCCGCCCCCACCGCUUCCCUCCAGCUGGUCCCUCUCUCUUCCUCCUCCAAUUCCGCCGCCGACCCGGGUCACUCUCGCGGGUCAACCCUCCAUGGCCCGUUCAUGGGCUCCAUCUCUAUCCAACCCGCCAAGCCCCCGAACCCACCCUCCUCGCUCCCUCCCAACUCCGCCUCCCCUGGCUCCAACCCCGCCGCCACCGCCGCCAUUGCCAAGAUCGCCAAGCGGCCCACCAAGGACCGCCACACCAAGGUGGACGGCCGCGGCCGACGCAUCCGGAUGCCCGCCGUCUGCGCCGCCCGCGUCUUCCAGCUCACCCGCGAGCUGGGACACAAGUCCGACGGCGAGACCAUCGAGUGGCUCCUCCAGCAGGCCGAGCCCGCCAUCAUCGCCGCCACCGGGACCGGCACCAUCCCCGCCAACUUCUCCACCCUCAACGUCUCCAUCCGCAGCAGCGGGUCCACCGUCUCCGCCCCGCCCUCCAAGUCCGCCCCACUCUCCUUCCACGGCGGCCUCAGCCUCUACGGCGACGGCGGCGGCGACGCGGGUAGGCGGCUUCUCGCCGGCGGCGGCGGUGGCGGGGGGCUCGGGUUCCACCAGCAAUUCUACACGCAGGUCCUCGGCUCCGACCAGGCCAGCGGCGGCGGCGGCGGCAACAGCGAUAAUCCCGGGGAGAGCUACAUGACGAAGACGUUCAGGGAAGACCUCUUCAAAGAGUCCCCCCACCAGAGCAGCGCCGACGCGGGCUCCCCGGCUUUGCAGGCCGGUAACAAAUCCGGAAGGCCCGGAAUGCAAGAACAGGAACCCACCUCGGCCCGGACGUCGUCAGGGGUCAUGCCGGCUCCCGCCAUGUGGGCAGUGGCGCCGGCCACCACGAACGGCGGGAGCACGUUCUGGAUGCUGCCAGUGGGAGGCGGGGGAGGGGGAGCCGCAGGGGCUGCGCCGGGGGCGGCGAUGCACGAGGCCUCGAUGUGGACGUUCCCGACGGGGGCGGGCGGGGCGGCGAUGCAGAGGGUGAACUUCCCGGGAGGGGGGAGGCUGACGCCGGUACAGCUAGCGGGGUCGAUGAUAGUGCAGCAGCCAAUCGGACUAGGGAUGACGGAGACGACGAGUAUGGGGAUCAUGGGAGGACUAGGAGGCGGAUACAGUAGCGGCGGUAGCAAUAGCGGGAGGGUCAAUCUGGGGAUGAAUUUGGACCAGCACCACCACCACCACCACAAGCAAGGCCAAGCUCCAGGCGGAGGCGGCGGCGGCGGGGGGAGUGAUGGAGAAGAUGAUCACCGCCAUAAUCACCCCACUGACUCAUGAUAACGACGACGACGACGAAGACGAUAAAGAAUAACAAGUCACGGGUACAUAGUAAGUUGUGGAAUUGGGUUUCGUUUUGGAUAUACUUUUGGUUUCUUUUUUCGCUUCUUUUGGUUCCACUGAUCAAGCCAAGUGUGCGUGUAAUUUUUCAUGAGAUUUGUCGAGGGUAAUCAUUCUUGCUCAGAAAUUUAGCAGCCAUGUGCUACUUUAGCCUAGGGUUAUGAUGGAAUUCUCCUUUGCUUUUUCU